AUGCCUUCAACUCCAGGAGUAUCUCCAAAAACUUUGGAAACUGCGAAAACAAGUACAGAAGCGAUUUUACCACGUGUUCCUCCUGGAGAAGGGAAAAUGGCAAUGCCGCCACGAAUAAGGCAUACCACAACUCCCACAGACACAUCGUCACGCGAAGCUUCCACACAAAGUUCUUUUCCAACACUGACAAAUCUCCCACGAUCUUUUUCAUCUAUGAGAACUAGGCCUCCGACCAGAACUUUUCCAUUCACUAGGGGGCCACGCAUUACUUUCCGUCCAAGAAUAAGAACGUUCCCUCAUAGGGUAUUACCAACCAUUAGCACCUUUGCACCACCACCAUCACCAUCACCUACACCAAUCACUUUGCAGCGUAUUGUCACAAGCACACCUACUGCACCCACGACUGCACCAUCCACAGCACCAUUGUCUACAUUCGCACCAAGGAGCACAUCUAACCACCCACCGCUCAAUCCUACUCAUUCUGUCAAAUUUCCAGAAAUGGGACUCAAAACGACUACAGAAGACGAUUUGUCUGUCGUUGUUGAAUCUUUCGGUUCAACCACAGGUAUUCCCAGUGACGCAUCAUCGCUUGGUAAGCACGGACGAUGCACACCAUCCGAUCGGUCGAUGUGUCAUGAAUUGGCAAUCUGUGAGAUUGCCACCGGAGCUUGUCGAUGUAAGGAUGGAUUCAGUGGAGAUGGUUAUUCAAACUGCACGUAA